GGGGCGGGGGUCGGUAACGGGCCGGGUCCGGGCGGGGGGCGCUGAGCGGGGCCGCUCCGCUGCCCGGGGCCCCCCGCGCCCCCAUGGACCCCGACGUGGACUACGAGCGCCCCAACGUCGAGACCAUCAAGUGCGUCGUGGUGGGCGACAACGCGGUGGGCAAGACGCGGCUGAUCUGCGCCCGCGCCUGCAACGCCACGCUGAGCCAGUACCGGCUGCUGGCCACACACGUGCCCACCGUGUGGGCCAUCGACCAGUACCGCGUCUGCCAGGAGGUGCUGGAGCGCUCCCGGGAUGUGGUGGACGAGGUCAGCGUCUCCCUGCGCCUCUGGGACACCUUCGGGGACCACCACAAGGACCGGCGCUUCGCCUAUGGCAGAUCAGACGUGGUGGUGCUGUGCUUCUCUCUGGCGAACCCCAACUCGCUGAGGCACGUGAAGACCAUGUGGUACCCCGAGAUCAAACACUUCUGUCCCCGCACCCCCAUCGUGCUGGUGGGCUGCCAGCUGGACCUGCGCUACGCCGACCUGGACGCCGUCAACCGCGCGCGCCGGCCGCUGGCCAAGCCCAUCAAGCCCUCGGACAUCCUGCCACCGGAGCGGGGCCACGAGGUGGCCCAGGAGCUGGGGGUGCCGUACUACGAGACCAGCGUGGUGGCCCAGUUCGGGGUCAAGGACGUGUUUGACAACGCCAUCCGCGCCGCGCUCGUGUCCCGCCGCCACCUGCAGUUCUGGAAGUCCCACCUGCGCAAGAUGCAGCGCCCGCUGCUGCAGGCGCCGUUCCUGCCCCCCAAACCUCCCCCACCCCUCAUCCAGGUGCCCGACGCUCCCCCCGGCCUCGGGGGGGGCCCGGCCGCGCUGUUCCGAGCCCCGCUCUGCGCCGACGUCGUCUUCCAGCUGCAGGGCGGCCACCGCGUCUUCGCGCACCGCGUCUACCUGGCCACCGCCUGCUCGCGCUUCUACGACCUCUUCACGCUGGAGGGGCCCCCCGAGACCCUCAGCGAAGGGGACGGGGGGACCCGUGACUUGUCAUCGUGGGGCCGCGGCUUCCUGAGCCUGCGCUGGGAGCUGGUGGCCGACCCGGUGGCGGGGCGGGAGCGGCGGAUGGCGGCGGUGGCCAUGGACGGCGGCGUGCGGCCGGAGCCGCUCCGCGCCGUGCUGGAAUAUUUGUACACGGGGAAGCUGGAGCGGCCCCAUGGCGACCUGCGGCAGGUGGGAGCCGUGGCCGAGCUGCUGGAGGUGUUUGACCUGCGCAUGAUGGUGGCCAACGAGCUCAACCAGGAGAGCUUCAUGAACCAGGAGAUCACCAAGGCCUUCCACGUGCGCCGCGCCAACCGCGUCAAGGAGUGCCUGGCCAAGGGAGUCUUCGCAGACGUGGUGUUCCGCGUGGAUGACGGGGCGGUGCCGGCGCACAAACCGCUGCUCAUCGCCGGCUGCGACUGGAUGAGGGCCAUGUUCCGGGGGGGAUUCCGCGAGAGCUACGCCGACGAGGUGUCCCUGCCCGGCACCAACUGCGCCUGCCUCCGCGCCGUCCUCGACUUCCUCUACACGGGGGUGUUCACCCCCACGCCCGAGCUGGACGCCAUGGAGCUGCUGAUCCUCACGGACCGGCUGUGCCUGCCGCGGCUGCAGGCGCUCACCGCCCCCCGUUUCCCCCCUCUGCCAGAGCAAUACGCCGUGGACGAGCUGCUGCGAGCCUUCGUGCAGCGCGUGGAGAUCGACGAGCAGGUCAUCAUCUACCUGGAGAUGACGCAGUUCCACAACGCCCGGCAGCUGGCCGCGUGGUGCCUGCACUACAUCUGCACCAACUACAACCGCGUGUGCCGCCGCUUCCCCCGCGAGAUGAAGUUCAUGUCCCCAGAGAACCAGGCGCACUUUGAGCGGCACCGCUGGCCCCCGGUGUGGUACCUGAAGGAGGAGGAUCUGUACCUGCGCUCCAAGAAGGAGCGGGAGCGCGAGGAGCAGCUGCAGCGCAAGCAGCACCCCCGCAGCAAGUGGUGCUUCUGGCGGCCCUCGCCCCCCGUGUCCUGAGUGGGGGGCUCGGGGAAGGGACCCCCGCGUGGGGCUGGGGGGGCUCGGGAGGGCUGGGA